UUUUUGACAGAACGAUGCGAGAUUUCCCUGCCAGCGAAAGUUGCUCGCGAUUUCUGGAUCGGUUUCCCGAAUUUUCAUCAUUCCGCGGGGCGCCUAAACAAAAAACCUCCUCCAUUAGUGGAAAAUGAACAGUUGGCCGUCGAUUUUCCAGCUGAAGAUUGUCGAAAUAGCGUUCAGGAGGAUCUUCUUUUGUUUCGAAGUGGAAUAGAAUUUGGGGAGCCGUUUUUAGGUCACUGUUCUCUUUCUCUGGAUCUGCCAAGAUACCAACAAUACCGUUCAUAAUAGGUAAACGUAUCAUCCCGAGAAAAAAAAAAUAAAAGAAGAUAGAACCAGAGAACUGCACUGUAGAUAGUUUAUGUUUAUAGACCUGUCACUCAUUCUCCCUCAGAAAAAAAAAACACACAGGCACACACAGAGAUAAAAUGGGAAAGUUCGAGAUCCAGUCUAUGCCAGUCCAGAGGCCCGAAAACAACUACAGUUGCGGUUAUGACAAGGUGUCAGUGAAUGGUAGCGUGAGGAACGGCAACAACGGACUGGUCAGGAUAAUCGAGGAGGGUUUGGCAACGUUGCAGAACGGUAGAAACCCCGAUUCUGUUGAUGAGGAUGAUGAAGAUUUGAGCGGGAAGAAACUGGACGUUGAAAUGCCCGAAGGGAUGAAGUUGUUGAGUAACCAGGUGGCUGGGCACGUUAUAGAAGAUUCUGGAGGUGUUGGUAUGCUGUCAAAGGAUGACAAAGUUUACAAGCCGCUGCUAAAAAAAGAUUGCGCCGAAAGGGAGAUCAGACUGUACGAACAGCUGGAAACGACAGUUGACAGGUCUCUGAUAGAGAUGAGACACCUUGUGCCAAAAUACUACGGAGUAGAAAAAAUUAUGUUCAAAGAUAAACUGAUAGACUAUUUAGUGUUAGAAAAUUUAACCAAGGAUUUUAAGGAACCCUGCGUGAUGGACAUAAAAAUAGGAAGAAGAACUUGGGAUCCUUACGCGAGUUACAGCAAAAUUAUCGCAGAAGAGAAAAAGUAUCACGAAUGCAAGAGAGAUCUAGGCUUCUGUAUACCGGGCCUUCAAGUAUACAAAAUCGCUCAAAAUCGCUUGGUAAAAUAUGGGAAGGAUUUCGGAAAAACUUUAGAUAAAGAUUCAGCAAAAGAAGUGAUAAAAGAAUUUUUGAACGCGGAUUGUUAUCAUUUUUGUCGAAAACUGUUGAUGCAACUAUUGGCUUGCCUGUGGCAAAUCCAGCAUUUCGCUAGGAAUCAGAGAAGAUUAAGGUUAUAUGCUUCUUCUAUUCUUCUUGUUUACGACGCUAGAAGAUUGAAAGAGCAUCUAAAACCAGCGAGGGAAUGUCAGAAUAAUAGGAUAUCAACGCUUACGAGACACACUAGCUUGUAUAGGCCUCUGAGUUUGGCAACGCUGAACAACGGCUGCGAAAAAGUCGUCACGGGUUUCAGCGGUCAGCUGACCAAAGAGGGCCCCAUUCUCAGGCACCCCUCCAAGCGAAUAGUCAAUCUGGAAGGGCCAAGAAUAAUAAACAAUAAUAACACGUGGCAGAAAUCGAUGAGACUGUUGAAACGCACUCAUUCGUUCCAGAACAACUACGACAAAGACGUGCAGCACAAAAAGCAGAGUUAUACCUUUAUGUUGGACGACCUGUGUUCGGAUUGGAAAAGUGAGGUUUGGGCUACAGCUAAACUGAUAGACUUUGCCCAUGUUUAUCCGGCUGACAGUAUGGACAUUGACAGGAACUAUCUAGAUGGCGUUGAUAACUUGGUAAAAUUAUUCGAAGACUUCUUAGCUGAAACGGAGGAAUAGCUAAAAAGUUAUGACGUA